CUACAUUUCGUCGCUCUCAAAAUGCAGAAUCUUGGCAAGGGAACGGUGUUCUUAAUUCAUUUGGAUAAAAUACAAAAAUCAUUAAAGGAAGAAGCGUUAGAUAAUGUGCUGAAUAUACUCACUCCAGUUUUGUCUCCUAGCAACUUCAAACGUAUUCUGGAUGCCAUUAACAAGCCAAUGGAAACUGAACCAAUCACGAUAUUUUUUGACGGGUUUGAUGAAAUCCACGAGGUCAACAGGGAUGUAAUCUGUAACCUGUUCAAAGCUCUUCUAAAAUCGGAGAGCUUACGAUUAAUAAUCAGCGGAAGGAAACACAUUGAGCAGAUUCUGACAGAAACUUUCAACACAGUUAAUGUUAAACCAGUUACGUUAUCAAUACUUCCAUUGGGAGAUGAAAAUCGAAAACUUAUCAUAAAAAGAAUCUGGAAUGUGUCCGACGAUCAUGAAAACCUGUUUAACGAAUAUUCUUCAAGAUUGCUUGGCAAAAUUGAAGUCGUUAUUCCGCUUGCGGACAAAAUCUUGGCAGUGGCUUUCAAAGACAGAUUCAAAGAUGUCUGCGUCAAAAAUGAACAGGAUCAGAGAAAUGAAUUGGACGAACUUGAACGAAAUCAAUUUGAUCAAGUAAAAAUUUAUGAAAUGUUCUUUAACACGGUUUUUAGAACGACAGCAACAGUUACAGAAUUGAGUGAAAUCAGAUCUUUAUAUGACUCAUGUGUCCUAGGCAGCUUUGACCAACAUUCAUUGUUGGCAAUGAAAACACUUGACGUAAAGGAAUUGGAUGACCUUUUCAGAAAUCCAGGAAAACAAGAAAGUUUGGCUAAUUUCCGGCAAAAGUGUCUAAAAACUUCUGAGAAAUCAAUACUUAUUGAAAUUGUUGACAAAGAUAUUGAAUUUACUCACCAAACUUAUGCAGAAUUUCUGAUAGCCAAAUAUUUAUUUGACCAUCUCUACGACUACAAGACCCUCUUGUCAGAUAUAUUUCGGCAACACGAAAGCAUAAAACAAUUUACCAUGAUGAUGAUUGAAAAUUAUUUUGUACAAAUUUUCAACAAAAACGGUGAAGACAAAAAAAAAUCGUUUUCAAAUUGUCUUGAAGUAGUUUUCGGAGAAUGUAAUCCAAUAGCAUUCUUUGCGUGUGAGUGCAGUUGUAUAGAAUUGCUCAAAACAUUCCUCGAAAAAAAUGAAAAACUACCAAAGAAUUUUGAAGGAUACGAUAAAAUGCUGCAUGUGGCGACUAGAAACGGAAGUUUAGAAAUUUGCUCCCUUCUCAUAAAUGAUUACACGUUCGAUGUCAAUGAACCACUAAAUGAUAAUCCACCAAUCUGUAUUGCAGCUGAGAACGGAUACAAAGGAGUUGUUGAGCUGUUAUUAUCAAAAGGAGCCGAACCAAAUGUACAAGAUCAAAAAGGUUGGUACCCUUUGCUCUAUGCCGCUAGAAACGGUCAAAACGAAAUAGUUUGUUUGAUAAUCGACAAAGGUGCAGACAUCAAGCUAUCGAACAAAGAUGGCUCAACAGCAAUGCAUUUCGCUGCUUCAAACGGAAGAGUGGAUGUUUUGAGAACUUUGAUAGAUAAAAAUGCAGAAAUAAAUGCACAAAAUGAUUAUGGUUGGACGCCUCUGCACUAUGCCGUCCAAAAAGAUGACAAAGAAGCAAUAGUUUUGUUGAUCGACAAAAAUGCAGACAUCAAGCUAUCGGAGAAAAAUGGCACAACAGCAAUGCAUAUCGCUGCCUCAAACGGAGGAGUAGAUGUUUUGAAAAUUUUGAUCGAUAAAAAGGCAAACAUAAAUGUACAAAAUGAAUAUGGUUGGACGCCUCUGCACUAUGCCGCUCAAAAAGGUCACAACGAUGCAGUGGAUUUGUUGAUUGAAAAAGGUGCAGUCAUCGAGUUAUCGGACAAAAAGGGCUCAACAGCAAUGCAUGCAGCUGCCUCAAACGGAAGAGUGGAUGUAUUGAGGACUUUGAUCGAUAAAAAGGCAAACAUCAAUGCACACCCUGGAAAUGGUUGGACGCCUCUGCAUAAUGCCGCUCAAGAAGGUCACAGUGAUGCAGUGCUUUUGUUGAUUGACAAUGGUGCCAACAUCGAAAUAUCGGAUCAAAAUGGCUCAACAGCAAUGCAUAUCGCUGCGUCAAAGGGAAGAGUGGAUGUUUUGAGCACUUUGAUCGAUAAAAAUGCAAACAUAAAUGCACAAAAUAAAUAUGGUUUGACGCCUCUGCACUAUGCCGCUCAAGAAGGUCACAAUGAUGCAGUGCUUUUGUUGAUUGACAAUGGUGCCAACAUCGAAAUAUCGGAUCAAAAUGGCUCAACAGCAAUGCAUAUCGCUGCCUCAAACGGAAGAGUGGAUGUUUUGAGGACUUUGAUCGAUAAAAAAGCAAACAUCAAUGCACACCCUGGAAAUGGUUGGACGCCUCUGCAUAAUGCCGCUCAAGAAGGUCACAGGGAUGCAGUGCUUUUGUUGAUUGACAAUGGUGCAGACAUCGAAAUAUCGGAUCAAAAUGGCUCAACAGCAAUGCAUAUCGCUGCCUCAAAGGGAAGAGUGGAUGUUUUGAGCAUUUUGAUCGAUAAAAAUGCAAACAUAAAUGCACAAAAUAAAUAUGGUUUGACGCCUCUGCACUAUGCCGCUCAAGAAGGUCACAAUGAUGCAGUGCUUUUGUUGAUUGACAAUGGUGCAAACAUCGAAAUAUCGGAUCAAAAUGGUUCAACAGCAAUGCAUCUCGCUGCGUCAAACGGAAGAGUGGAUGUUUUGAGCACUUUGAUCGAUAAAAAGGCAAACAUUAAUGCACAUCCUGGAAAUGGUUGGACGCCUCUGCACAAUGCCGCUCAAGAAGGUCACAAUGAUGCAGUGCUUUUGUUGAUUGACAAAGGUGCAAACAUCGAAAUAUCGGAUCAAAAUGGUUCAACAGCAAUGCAUAUCGCUGCCUCAAAGGGAAGAAUGGAUGUUUUGAGCACUUUGAUCGAUAAAAAUGCAAACAUAAAUGUACAAAAUGAAAAUGGUUUGACGCCUCUGCACUAUGCCGCUCAAGAAGGUCAUAGUGAUGCAGUGCUUUUGUUGAUUGACAAUGGUGCAGACAUCGAAUUAUCGAAUAAAAAUGGCUUAACAGCAAUGCAAGUCGCUGACGCAAACGGAAGGGUGGAUGUUUUGAGCACUUUGAUCAAUAAAAAGGCAAACAUCAAUGCACAUCCUGGAAAUGGUUGGACGCCUCUGCACAAUGCCGCUCAAGAAGGUCACAAUGAUGCAGUGCUUUUGUUGAUUGACAAAGGUGCAAACAUCGAAAUAUCGGAUCAAAAUGGCUCAACAGCAAUGCAUAUCGCUGCCUCAAAGGGAAGAAUGGAUGUUUUGAGCACUUUGAUCGAUAAAAAUGCAAACAUAAAUGCACAAAAUAAAUAUGGUUUGACGCCUCUGCACUAUGCCGCUCAAGAAGGUCACAGUGAUGCAGUGCUUUUGCUGAUUGACAAAGGUGCAAACAUCGAAUUAUCGGAUCAAAAUGGCUCAACUGCAAUGCAUGCGGCUGCCUCAAACGGAAGAGUGGAUGUUUUGAGCACUUUGAUCGAUAAAAAGGCAAACAUCAAUGCACAUCCUGAAAAUGGUUUGACGCCUCUGCACUAUGCCGCUCAAGAAGGUCACAAUGAUGCAGUGCUUUUGCUGAUUGACAAAGGUGCAAACAUCGAAAUAUCGGAUCAAAAUGGCUCAACAGCAAUGCAUAUCGCUGCCUCAAAGGGAAGAAUUGAUGUUUUGAGCACUUUGAUCGAUAAAAAUGCAAACAUAAAUGCACAAAAUAAAUAUGGUUUGACGCCUCUGCACUAUGCCGCUCAAGAAGGUCACAAUGAUGCAGUGCUUUUGUUGAUUGACAAUGGUGCCAACAUCGAAAUAUCGGAUAAAAAUGGCUCAACAGCAAUGCAUAUCGCUGCCUCAAACGGAAGAGUGGAUGUUUUGAGGACUUUGAUCGAUAAAAAAGCAAACAUCAAUGCACACCCUGGAAAUGGUUGGACGCCUCUGCAUAAUGCCGCUCAAGAAGGUCACAGGGAUGCAGUGCUUUUGCUGAUUGACAAUGGUGCAGACAUCGAAAUAUCGGAUCAAAAUGGCUCAACAGCAAUGCAUAUCGCUGCCUCAAAGGGAAGAGUGGAUGUUUUGAGCAUUUUGAUCGAUAAAAAUGCAAACAUAAAUGCACAAAAUAAAUAUGGUUUGACGCCUCUGCACUAUGCCGCUCAAGAAGGUCACAAUGAUGCAGUGCUUUUGUUGAUUGACAAUGGUGCAAACAUCGAAAUAUCGGAUCAAAAUGGCUCAACAGCAAUGCAUAUCGCUGCGUCAAACGGAAGAGUGGAUGUUUUGAGCACUUUGAUCGAUAAAAAGGCAAACAUCAAUGCACAUCCUGGAAAUGGUUGGACGCCUCUGCACAAUGCCGCUCAAGAAGGUCACAGUGAUGCAGUGCUUUUGUUGAUUGACAAAGGUGCAAACAUCGAAAUAUCGGAUCAAAAUGGUUCAACAGCAAUGCAUAUCGCUGCCUCAAAGGGAAGAAUGGAUGUUUUGAGCACUUUGAUCGAUAAAAAUGCAAACAUAAAUGUACAAAAUGAAAAUGGUUUGACGCCUCUGCACUAUGCUGCUCAAGAAGGUCAUAGUGAUGCAGUGCUUUUGCUGAUUGACAAUGGUGCAGACAUCGAAAUAUCGGAUCAAAAUGGUUCAACAGCAAUGCAUAUCGCUGCCUCAAAGGGAAGAAUGGAUGUUUUGAGCACUUUGAUCGAUAAAAAUGCAAACAUAAAUGCACAAAAUAAAUAUGGUUUGACGCCUCUGCACUAUGCCGCUCAAGAAGGUCACAGUGAUGCAGUGCUUUUGCUGAUUGACAAAGGUGCAAACAUCGAAUUCUCGGAUCAAAAUGGCUCAACUGCAAUGCAUGCAGCUGCCUCAAACGGAAGAGUGGAUGUUUUGAGCACUUUGAUCGAUAAAAAGGCAAACAUCAAUGCACAUCCUGGAAAUGGUUUGACGCCUCUGCACUAUGCCGCUCAAGAAGGUUACAGUGAUGCAGUGCUUUUGCUGAUUGACAAAGGUGCAAACAUCGAAAUAUCGGAUCAAAAUGGCUCAACAGCAAUGCAUAUCGCUGCCUCAAAGGGAAGAAUGGAUGUUUUGAGCACUUUGAUCGAUAAAAAUGCAAACAUAAAUGCACAAAAUAAAUAUGGUUUGACGCCUCUGCACUAUGCCGCUCAAGAAGGUCACAAUGAUGCAGUGCUUUUGUUGAUUGACAAAGGCGCAAACAUCGAAUUAUCGGAUAAAAAUGGCUUAACAGCAAUGCAAGUCGCUGACGCAAACGGAAGGGUGGAUGUUUUGAGAACUUUGACCGAUAAAAAGGCAAACAUCAAUGCACAUCCUGGAAAUGGUUGGACGCAUCUGCACAAUGCCGCUCAAGAAGGUCACAAUGAUGCAGUGCUUUUGUUGAUUGACAAAGGUGCAAACAUCGAAUUAUCGGACAAAAAUGGCUUAACAGCAAUGCAAGUCGCUGACGCAAACGGAAGGAUGGAUGUUUUGAGCACUUUGAACGAACGAUAAAAAACUAAAAGGUGCAACCCAAUCGGAUCAAUGGACACGCCUUUCGAAUGUGCGUUGAGGCUCUGAACGUUCAGACUCAUCAAAACCGCUGAGUGAUCGGAAUUUCCCAGAAAUGUGAUAAGUUCAUCACGGAUCAUCACUAGCCUAUGGUUUUCCAAACGUCGCAUCUCAUCUCGGAGGUCUUUCAUUUUGGGAGUGUUGCUGCCUUUGUUAUGAUGAAAGAUGAAGGAAUUAGUGGAGUUUGUCAAGUAAAGCCCUUGUAGUGAGCUUACACGUGACAAAGCAACGUACACGAGCUGCUGGUCCUGACCUUUGUCAUAGUCCACACCAAUUUAAGCAAACGUACCUCCUUGCGAUUUGUGGAAUGUCAACGCGCAAGCCCUGACGACGGGAAACUGUAUCCGUUUGCACUUUGCAGUGUUGAAAUAUGUCAAAGUCAAUGCAGUGAAAAACAUGGAUCUCAGCAUAUUCUCCGGUCAAUAUCAUCGCCGCCGUCGUGAGUGCGACUGUAAGGCAGCCAAAAAAUCAUCCCAACACCAACCAUUCCAUUUAGCAUUCAACCCAACACAAGUCGCGCUGGCAAGCUGCUCAGUUCGUGCGUUACCGCAUUAAUAUGAGUGGCCCAUUUAAACGUGUGGUGAUUUUUUGUCAUUUGCUGGAUUUUUUUUCUUGAGCAAGGGUAAACGGAAAUCUGCAACCAGACACCUGAGGAGGUAACUCAGGUAGUGUGGGGAUGGGUAUGUCAUGGAACUCUUACCCGACCCACUAAAACCAAAACCCUUUCGCCAGUCCGUACCCCCGGCCCGCAAUAAGGCAAUACAUCAGGGGGGGACUAUUGAGAACACCCACGCCUAUGUUAACGCACUUGACGCUAAUACACACAACAUCGCCUUCAAGGGUGGUAACCUCACCACCCGUCGAUCGCAAGCUAUGAUAGUAACCUAGCGGUCCGUAUCAUAAUCUCACGAGCACCCCGACAACAAACCACCGCGCAUGAACCGCAAUGGCCUCUAUAUCUACAUUAGACUGGCCCAGGAAACAAAAAGUUGUGUAAUUCCACGGGGCACCCCCCAGGAUUGUGUCUUUGGGUGAGAAAAUCAAUCUCUGAAAAUUUCAGCUCAAUCGCUUGUUGCAUAAGCUGGCGCAUUUGAUUUGAAGUUUGUAUGGGGAUUUCAGCCAAAAUGUAUAGGAAAAUACACCUCCGUCACUCAUUCGAUCUGGAAAUUGGUUCUGAUUGCUCGAUUGACCUCAAAAUUGCAAAAACGGCAGUUGGUAUGCUACAGAACAAUUUCACAGAACAUUGUAUGAUGAUUAAAUGAACUUUUAUAUAGGUUUUGGCUGAUGCGAUUCGAUAAAAAAAUCCAAAAAUACAGAAAUCAGCUCCUAAUAAAUUAGCCGAAAACUAUAUAAAAAUUCAUUUAAUCAUCAUGCAAUGUUCUGUGAAAUUGUUCUGUAGCAUACCAACUGCCGUUUUUGCAAUUCUGAGGUCAAUCGAGCAAUCAGCACCAAUUUCCAGAUCGAAUAAGUGACGGAGGUGUAUUUUCCUAUACAUUUUGGCUGAAAUCCCCAUACAAACUUCGAAUCAAAUGCGCCAGCUUAUGCAACAAGCGAUUGAGCUGAAAUUUUCAGAGAUUGAUGUUCUCACCCAAAGACACAAUUCUGGGGGGUGCCCCGUGGAAUUCGACAACAUUUUUUCUCCCCAUACUAAUCUGGGCCAGUCUAAUCUACAUACUGAGGUCCCCGCAGCCCACCCGAGACAUGUUGGUUGUCGGGGUGAGCAAAGUGUUCACUGCAUCACAGGUGCCCUUACUGCAUUCGUUGGUUUUGUUCAAGACGCCACCACCGCUGCAGUUUCGACAUAAUCUGUUGAGAUGCUGUGUUCAUCGCAUUCCAUAUAACUUCCUCCCGGCACAUCCUCUCGACGGAACAUCACAUGCUCUGCCGACUCUACCUCCUCACCCACACAUUCGAACACUCCGCAGAAUUUGCGGAGCCAAACCUGUGUAGGAUUUUUUUAAAGCAACCAUGUUCAGACAACACCUGCGUUAGGUGGAAGUUGACCUGACCAUGUUUUCUAUCGACCCAGUUGGACACAUCCGGAAUCAGUCUGAGGGUCCAACGACCUUUGACUGCGGUCACCGGUCAUUGAUUGUUCCUUCCUCCAGGUUAAUGUUUAAAUAAUGAAAUAAUCGUCAAAAUUGGUAAUCGAUCAAGUAAUGGUUAAGUAGUUCCCUUUGAAAUUUGAAAACAAAUUUUCAUAUCAAAAUUAAAAAUGAAUGCUUUACUGAUAAAUUGAAAAAAAAACUCAAUUCAAACGUUAGGUAUCAACUGAAUAUAUACAACAGAACCAAUAGAGCCACGUGCUAAAUGACAUUUGAAACAUUUUUAAUUUGUACUAUUUUCAAACCAUAUUAAUUCAAAUAAAAAAAUACCUCAUAUUAAAAACUUCACGGCAAAGAAGACCACUCGAGGAAAUUAAAAAUGUACACAAAUGUACAAGAGAUUGUAAAAAAAAGAAAAAAAAAUACUGAAAAAUUCGAACGAAAUCCUUAGAAUUCAGAAUUCGGGGUCUCCAGUUAGCCUUGCGAGCUAAUGCGUAGGAUCGCCAAUCCGGAGAAGGCGAGUUCAAUUCUUGUUCCGGUCAAUAAUGUUUUCGGGUGGGGAACAUUCUUGACUUCCUGGGCAAAGUGUAUCUAUGGUGCUUGCCGCACAAGUUACAUACUCACGCAAUGGUGGGUAUAGAAAGCUUUCAAUUAAUAACUUAGGGAAUGCGAAUAGAAUACUAGCUGAAAAGCAAUUCAAGUUCUAAUUGGAAUGUAGACCCAUCGAAGAAGAAGAAGGAGAUCCUCGAAAAAAAAAUUUAAACUCCUGUUUAUACAACAUCCAGGUGAAAUUAUUCAUAUUGAUCGUCAGUUGCCUUGUGCUAUGUAAUCCUGAGAGAAACUGAAGUAUGCAUCAAAAAAGAAUCACUAUAGAUUUGACUGAUUAGGUCGAAAGUUUAAAAAUAUAAUAACUCUAUUCAUAGUGUAGGUAAAGAGAUUCAAUAAAAUAAAUUUGUGUGAAAA